AUGGCCGAGGAACUGGACUUUAUUCCACCCUCCUUGUCCUUGUUGUUUAUUGCGCGUUCUUCACUUGCGGAGUUCUUCGGCAGAAUCCAGAGACCCUGUCUUCAGGCCAUGGUCGGUGAGAAGCAAUACCGAGAGACAUCAUCUGCAACUCAAACAGGAGUUCACGUUACUCCGUAUGGAUCACCUGUUCACUGGGCUGGCCAAUCGCAGCGUUCUGCACCUGAAAAUAUCCUGUUCUUGCUGUGGCCCACAACGUCGGUAAGGCCGACCACAACGUAUACUCCGUACCAGCAGUAG